CCGUAUAUGGUAUUCCGCUUAUUCCCGAAACGUUCCUGGCGUCUAUGUCACCGAAAGCCAAUAUUCAAUAUUCAAGAUCUGAACGACUGCAUCUAAAUCAAGACAACACAACCAAAAUAAAAAAUAACCACAGUACGGACCUCCGCAAUGUAAACCACGGAACGAUGGUUAUACGAACCUGGCCAUAAAUAAGCUCGACAGCCUCACAACUUGAGCCCUCCUCCCAAAAACGACCGCCGAAGAUCCCGACCCAUCCUCACCAUGCCUGCCAUCACCGUCAUCUCAGCAGGAGCGAUGGGCUCCGCAAUAGCCAAACGCCUCGUCCAGUCCGGAUGCACAGUCUACACCAACCUCGACAACCGCUCCCCCGCAGCCCACCAACGCGCCCUCGACGCAGGGAUGAUAAACCUCCCCUUCGAAACCCUCCUCUCCAAAUCAAACUUCAUACUAAGUAUCGUGCCUCCAGGAGAAGCAUUCGCGUUCGCGCAAAAGAUUCGCAAUACACUCGGCGCCCAUUCUGGUUCCGCCCUUCCCCUGCGCGCUUUUGUCGACUGUAACGCUGUGAACCCCGAAACGGUGAAACGCAUCGGGGGACUGUUUAGUGGGACCCCUGUGGGAUUCAUCGAUGCGGGGAUCGUAGGGACACCGCCGCGAGAAGGAUGGGAUCCCACUUUCUACGCCUGUUCGGAACCAGGAACACAAGACGUGUUGGAGGAGUUUGCUGCGUUGUCCCAGUACGGGCUUAAAGUAUCGCUGUUGAAAGGCGAAGGUGCUGGGAUAGGCGAUGCGAGUUCUUUGAAGCUUUGCGAGUCUAUGAUGAAGAAAGGCUCUAUAGGCCUCUUCAUGACGAUGAUGCUGACCGCCCAUCGCUCCUCACCAGCAACAGCCAACGCCCUAAUGAAAGAACUCAGCAUCUCCCAACCAGCCCUAAUGUCCAGACUUAUUCAAACAGUCCCAGAAGGAAUUCCCAAAGCCUACCGAUUCGUAGCAGAGAUGGAAGGCCUCGCAGAAUUCGUAGGAGGGGGAGAAGCAGAUGUCUUUAUGGGCUUCGCGAGAGUGUUUGAGAAAGUGGCGGGGUCGCUUCAGGGUGAUGGGGUCGACGUCGAGACGUUGAGGAGGGGCGUGGAGCAGGCUUUGGAGUUGCAGGGGACGUCGAAGUAGGCAUUGGAUUUAUCUCCAGUCCAGGAGGGGGUUCAUUGAGUGACGGCGUGCUUGGACGAUUUUAACUAAAGGACUCAUCAAUCAAUGAGAAGUUUUGCUCAACGUGCGUUCCAAAGUUUGUGGGCGAGGCUACACUCAAUCGACCAGUGGGAAUCCCGAUCACAAACUUGCAGAUAUCGUACGUCAGACAUGCAUGCACAUAAGUUCAAGAUGCGAGAUCGAUAGAAGAACUGACAGCGGACACUCAGAU